AUGAGCGCCAAUGCCAGUGCAAGCAUUGCUCAUCUCAAAUCUUGUUUGCUUCCACCAAAUCUCAUGCGUGGCGGCGAUCCAUCUGCAGUCGGCUGCACCGACUCGAUCGCGCGUCUUGAUUGGGGGCAAAUCUGCGGGCAAAAUGACGCCUUCGGGCAUGCGAGCAACAUGUUCGGCAAGGACGGACUCGACAAGAAGUACUGGUCGUUCGCUCUCUGCCAGCAGUGCCAACCUUUUCUUUGGAUGGAGAAACCAACGGUGGCCAGAAGGAAGUGA